AUGGAAAAAUAUCUCGAUCCGGACUCAAAGUUCUUUGGAAAUCGCAUUCUCUGUCGUGAGGAUAUUGUUCCGCAUUUUAAAAACAAACUGGACGCUUUCUUAGCACACAUGCCAAAGUCAUUCGAAAUUCAGCUCUCAAAAAUCCAGUCAAUCGGGGCUUCACAACUAUCCGAACACGACGUCCACCUGUUUGGAUUUAUAUUGUGGCGCUGGAUGAUUUUCCUUUGGCUUGGUCUAAUUUGGCAACUUGCAUUCCAAUUAGGCCUUUCUUACCCAGAUUUAGUCGAAACAGGUCGGCCACAUCCGAGGGCAAUUAUGUACUCAGCUUGCAAAGGUUUCUCAUAA